GUUCUGGAGGCGCGCGCGGUUUUAACUCCUGCGCCGGUCCUGAGAGGUUUGUUGUUGUUCCGCGCGCGCGCGCUGGGUAGUCGGAGGCGCGCGAGGACAUAAAAAGAGGCUAUAUUAUAUAUCUAUAUAUUGUUUGAAAGUUGCUUUGUGCGAAGCGGCAGCCUGUCCCGCUUGGAAGGUUUGCAAUGGAGUCCUGUGCCUGUUGAGUCGAUCACUAAGCCCCGCCUCGUGUGCCACCGGGCUUACUCCCGAGUAAGUUCCUGCUGGGCGGAUCUUGAUCUGGACGGUUGUCGGGCGGCAUAUUCCACACUGAUCACGUAGAGAUCCAGCGCCUGCGGUUACAUCCCUGAUCCCCUUUGCUUGCAUUCGCGGAGAAGCCCCAAUGCGUUUCAUUGAGUCUUGACUCCCAAACUACUUGGGUGGAAGCAAGUGGAAGUUUGAUGUUCCACCAACAUGCUUUCCAGUUUGUCUGCCUUAUCUGCCACAAGCAGAUUACCCUCUGCUGACGCAUUCGAAAAUCAAAAUAUUUGCUUUGCACUCACCAGACGAUCACAGGGAUUUCACACAAAAGAUGCUGGUGUGGUCUAUAGAAAAAACAUGGGGAUUCUGAGGAAGCUGGUAUGCCAGGAAAGUACAACAUUCAGGAACGUUUGGACAACACAUUCCACAUCUCCAAUUGCUUAUCAAAGUGGGAGGAUUUAUUUCGACAAUUAUCGGUGCUGUGUGAGCAGCACCACACCAGAGCCGAGGAUAAUUUAUCAAAUGCCAAGGCGGCCUAGAUCGGAAAAAAUAGAAGAUGCUUUGUUAUUGGAAUGCCCAGUGGGUGAAGUGCUGCCGACUCCAUCGGACUACAAACCUUCCUUGUUGGUUCUGACAGCAAACAACUGGCUCUUUCGCCUUUCUGCAAGUACGGGAGAAAUACUUGAAAAAGUGUACCUUACUUCCCACUGCAAUUUCAGAUAUCUAAGUUGGGAUGUUCCUCAAGAGAUCAUGGUUGUCAAGUCAGCUCAGCUGAAGCUCCCUGCGGCCGCACAGCAGGCUGGCAUCCAGCAGUCUGUGCUUUCCUUCCUUGCCGUGUUCAGAGUUCUUCCGCUUUCGUUCAUCGGGAUGCUAGAACUUGACAAAAAAAUCUUUGGAAACAGCAUGACAGACGCCACGUUGUCUCAUAACAUGCUGGUUGUGACGCACAGCUCUGGCCUUGUCAGGCUGUACAGCUUCCAGGCUAUCUCUGAGCAGUUCACAGUGUGCCAGGUGGAUCUGGGACAAAAGUACUUGAACGGCAGAGGUGGGAUUGUGGGAAAAUACCCCUUUGGCAUGCCCUGCAAUAUUAAAAUAACAGGUACCCCAGAUCUGCUUUUUGAAGUAUCUUCCCUGGAGAACACAUUUCAAAUUGGAGGCUACCCUUGGCAUUACAUCAUCACUCCUAACAAGAAAAAGCAGAGAGGAAUCUUCCACGUUUGUUCAUUGAAAGACCACGCUUUGGCAAAGAACGGCAUCCAGGAUAUGGAAUGUUCCUCGUUGGAACCUGACUGGAUAUCUUUCCACCCAGACACUUCUGGAAGAGUGCUGCAUGUGGGACCAAGUUUGAUUAAAGUUUUGAAGCUGAAGGAAUCUGAAAAUAACGCAGAACAGCAGGAAGUUACGGAAGACUUUGUCAUACGGGCCAACAGGAGAAAUAAUAUUAAGAACUCUGUAACGGUAACAGCGUCUGGCCGAGUUGUGAAGAAACGUAUGACACUACUGGAUGAUGACCCUGGGCAAGAGACUUUCAAAAUUGUGGACUAUGAAGAUGAACUGAAUUUACUGUCCGUUGUGGCAGUUACUCAGAUAGGAGCUGAUGGGGCCGCCCACCUUGAUUUCCACUGCAAUGAGUUCGGGACUCGACUUAAGAGCAUUCCGUUUGCGGAAUCUUGGGAUGUGACGUACAACCAUGAAGUUUACUUUGACAGAAAUAUAGUUGUGCACAUAGAACAGAAGCCCAGCAGGAUCUACAGCUGUUACGUUUACCAAAUGACCUGCAGUAGUUCUAAGGAAGAUGAAGAGAUAAAGAAGGGGAAAGGAGAACGACGGUUUUGUGAAAAAAUGGGGAAAACUUUUGAGGUUUUUUUGUAGUUCUAGCCAUUUUAGAGACUUUGCACCAAGGAUUUGUAAGCUUCUUUGAGCUGGUUAAUAGUUGUUACUCAGCUUCCUCUGUGUAAAUAUACAUCCUUUUGUAAUGAAAAAAAAAAUUCCGCUACA